GGAACGUAAUCGAAUGGCGAUACUAAUAAACGAUUGGUGUGUUCGUACGAAUGGAUGCUAGCCAAGCUAGCUAGUUCAACAACGUCCCCCGAGAACAAGGAGAAAAACACCAAAAGUAAAGACAGGAUGUCUUACCUGCCGAUCCCGACGUGUCAAAUGCGACGAAAUCCACCCCGUGUGCAAGAAUUGCCAAAAGCGUUACGUUUCCUGUACCUACCCAGUACCCAUUGAGAAGCCCAAGCACGGCACUUCUCAGAAAGCCAUCAAGCUGCAUCCGUUGGUUCCUAAGGGGCGUCCUGCCGAGCCAACUCCUUCGUUGCAAGGGCAUGAAAUGCGUGCAGGACCGCGAUUUGCGGAUGCGAUUGAAGCGAGGUAUUUCGUCUACUAUUGCGAAGGCAUUUCAAGCCAGAUCGGCGGUCCGUUCGGGAACAAGCUGUGGGACCAACUCAUCCCGCAGGCGGGGAGCGAGGUGCCGUUCAUCGGGCGUGCUGUCAUUGCUCUCGGCGCUCUGUCGAAGGCUCAGUCCGAGCGACAGAAGGAGAAUCCUCACCACGCAUACGCACUCGCGCAAUACGUGCGCGCCCUCCAGGGAAUGCGGAGGUCGGUGAGAGGGCACCCGUCCGAUGUGCGCACCGCGCUUAUUGGGUGUUUGCUGGUCUUCUGCUUCGAGAGUCUGCAGGGCCACCAAGGCGCUGCUUCUGCACAUGCAUCGUCUGGCUCCAACCUCAUAGCUUCUAUGUGCCUGAAUUGCCAGCCGAAAUCCUGGAGGGAAAGUGAACUCGGAGCAGAGCUGUACUCCGCUUUUUCAGGCCUUAAUAUACAGUCGUUACUUUUUCUGGAUAAGAGGGAUAGGGGAACGCAUGCGUUUUACAAAAAGGGGCUGAGUGAGGCGGCGAAGGGUAUGCCAGAGGCGUUCGGGGAUUUGGAGGAGUGCAGACGGUUCUGGCAUUAUAUCAUGCGUCGGAACCUGCAUUUCUCGCUCGAGGUCCGGGAUGCUCUUUCGCGCACCAGCCAAGCCAAUUCUUCGUCCACCCAUCUCGGAGCGGACGACAGCCACUGGAUGGACCAUACUUCGAGGACGGAAACGACAUCUAGCUCCUCCUCCUCUUUGCUCGCGGAACGGGAUUCAUAUGUGCAGGAUAUCUGCCGCUGGGAAAUCGCCUCCGCGCCCCUACUAUGUCGCCUCUUCUCCCCAGCCACGAGAAACGAGGAGGCGUUUCUGAUAAGCUGUUUAUUGAGGAUCCAUGCCGCGAUGAAUAUCGUGCUGCUUACCAGGGCGUUCAGUCCUCCGGAAACCGCGUACGAUAAGUUUGAGUCCCAGUUCCGCACGGUUGUCCAGCUGUCGGAACGCAUCCACCGCUCGCUCGUUUCUCCUUCGGCUGGGAGUGCGGAGGGAGGGACGUUUAGAUUUGAAAUCGGGAUCUUGCCCGCGCUCUCGCAGGUCGGAUUGCUUUGUCGAGAGAGGAGGGUUAGAGGACGCGCAAUAGGGUUGUUGAGGCGGUGUAGGGGUUACAAGGAGGGGAUUUGGGAUGCGGAGGGGGUGGGUGCUGUUGCCGGGUGGGUUAGAGAUUUGGAAGAAGGGGUUUGGGUUGAAGAAAGGGAUAUAAAUGGAAGUGAGAAUGAAUAUUGGGGAGGGAUGGUGCCUGAGGAGAAUAGGGUUCAGCUUGUGGGGUGCGAGAUGAGGGUUGAGGAGCGGUGGGCUAGGAUUGCUGUCAAACAGUCGGAUGGGGUGGAGAGGCAGGAGGUGGUGAGGUGGUGAGUGGGUGUGAUUAGGAGCUUGGAGCGCGCACUUUUGCACUUCUCUGUCCUAAAUCAGGCUGGAAACGUUAAAUUUCGUAACUAAAAAUCGAUACUGAUAAAUGUCCUCGCCUGUUUUGGAGCCUGUCGAUCUCUGUAUUGAAGGUACAAUGGUGGAGAUGGAGAGGGAUGGUAGAAGUAGAGAGAAGAGUACAGCCAGUGUGUCCCAAAAAAAAUCAAGGC